AUGGCCGCCGACACGGUAUCAAACAUCACCAACAAGGUGCAGCGCGCGCCAUCAGUCGUCGCCUUCAUGGCCAUCGGUCUUUUGCAAGGCCUUACAAUAUCCAUUCUUCAGGGAAUCGUUGUCUACAAUUGGAAUGAAUACCUUAAACCAACUGUUUUGCAGGUCCCGAGAGGGUACACCAUACCAGCCAACUUGGCCAUUUUUAUUUUCGGAUUCAUGUUUCAGCUGAUCUUCAUGGCCGAUGCAAUUCGUCUCAAGAGCACGUCCCAGGCCAUGCUUACAUGUUUGCUCAACGCGGGUUUUCUGCCUUUGGCUGUUUACCAGCGCAAGCAGAUCAGAGAGAGUAUUGAAUCUCUCUCAGGCUCUACUGAUUCAAAGGGUGAGAGUUUGGUUCACCUAGACAAGCCCAUCUGGGAGGACAUUGGCGGCAUGUUGUCUGCCAUGCCGUUUAUUGUGGGGAUUUGCACAAUUUUUCUUGUUAUUACUGUUUGGUACCUCAAACAGCAUUUCGACUGGCAAGCGUAUCGAAAUGUUGGUGCGGAUGCCAGGUUGAGAAGAAUUCGAUCGAUCCACUUGAUCUUCAUCAUGUUUGCCAAGGUAGUCAUAUACUUCAUCAUCUGUUUUGAAGUCAUGUACGGCGUCACUCAACUUCGAGGCAUGGGAACCGAGUUCAUCAUCCGUAUGGUGCUUCUAGGAGUGGCUGUUAUCAUGACCACCCUAUCGAUAUUAUGGAGUAAAUCAGAAAACCGCAUAGGCAUGAGUGCCUCCAUCGUCGUGUUCUUCGCCAGCAUCGGCUAUUUCGUAUAUGAGAUUGUCAAGAUACAGACUCACUGGAUUAAGUUUGGAGCCACUGGCGAUAUUUUAACUUGCUACGCCCUCAUGGCCGCUGUAUUUCUGUUCGCAACAGCCAUUUUUGGCAUCUUGUGCUUGAAGAACUUUUACGGUGGUUUGAAGGAGCAUUUGGCGAAGCACGAAGAAGGUGGUCAAAUGGCUCCAUCAGUUAAGAACUUUGAGCUUGAUGCCAGAGCUAGCUUUACUUAUCAGGGUGUGAGAGGUGGCAGCGCACGGGAUCUAGAUAGCUAA